AUGGCUCGUACCAAGCAGACAGCUCGCAAGUCCACCGGCGGCAAGGCUCCGCGCAAGCAGUUGGCCACGAAGGCAGCCCGCAAGAGCGCGCCGGCCACCGGCGGCGUCAAGAAGCCCCACCGUUACCGGCCCGGCACCGUGGCGCUGCGCGAGAUCCGGCGCUACCAGAAGUCCACCGAGCUGCUGAUCCGCAAGCUGCCCUUCCAGCGCCUGGUGCGCGAGAUCGCCCAGGACUUCAAGACUGACCUGCGCUUCCAGAGUUCGGCCGUCAUGGCGUUGCAGGAGGCGUGUGAGGCCUACCUGGUGGGGCUCUUUGAGGACACCAACCUAGCUAUUAUUGCAAGCAUGUCUGGUCGUGGCAAAGGUGGGAAAGGUCUCGGAAAAGGGGGCGCCAAGCGCCACCGCAAAGUGCUACGGGAUAACAUCCAGGGCAUCACCAAGCCCGCCAUCCGCCGCCUGGCCAGGCGUGGCGGCGUCAAGCGCAUCUCCGGUCUUAUCUACGAGGAGACCCGCGGGGUGCUGAAGGUGUUCCUGGAGAACGUGAUCCGGGACGCCGUCACCUACACCGAGCACGCCAAGCGCAAGACCGUCACCGCCAUGGACGUGGUCUACGCGCUCAAGCGCCAGGGUCGCACUCUCUACGGCUUCGGCGGUUAAGC